UGAUAAAACAAAGCUUCAUUUUUCCAAUCUCUUUCUUGUGUUCCUCUUCUUACUCUUGCAAUCUUCUUCAACCUUUCUCUCUGACUUUCUUUCUACUGUGACACGAGCAAUGGAGGACUUCUGGAAGAGAGCCAAGACAUUCGCGGAGGAGGCGGCGAAGAAAUCGCAAGCCCUCACCAGCUCCUCCGCCACCGCCCGGAUCGCCGAUCUCGUCUCCGAAACCGCCAAGAAAUCCAAGGAUUUCGCCGCCGAGGCCUCCAAACAUGCCGACAUCAUCAAAACCGCCGCCCUCCGCCAAGCGGAUCAGAUCAAGUCGUUCUCCGACACCAUCUCCAUCCCUCCCCAACUCUCCGCCAUUGCCGCUGCUGCUACCGCUACGGCACCACCACAACCCUCCGUUUCUGAGGAAGACCUUGAAAAGUUCUGCGUCACCGAUGAUCUCAGAUCCUUCGUCAAAGGGCUCACUUCUACCACCUUCACAAACUUUACCCUCAGUUCUGAUGAAUCUGAGGGUUCUAAUGUGCCCACUUCGGGCUCGAAUGUUCGGAAGGAUCUUAAUGAGUUCCAGGAGAAGCAUGCCACUCUUGUUUUAACUACUGUCAAGGAAAUUUCAAAGUUGAGAUAUGAACUAUGUCCGCGUGCUAUGAAAGAAAGACACUUUUGGAAGAUAUAUUUCAUACUUGUCAACACCCACGUGGCUCCGUAUGAGAAGCGAUAUAUGGAGGAGGUUCAGCUCAGAGAAGCAGCAAAGCAGAAUGUGGAUACUGAGGUAGAGCAAACUGCUGUUAGUGGAGGAUCUGGAAAGGCUGAAGCAACAGGGAAGAAUUUGAAGAGUAAAUCUUCCAAUUCAUCCUCUGAGCAGGACUUGGAUUCAUUUCUUCUUGGAGACCUUGAAGACAGUGAUGGAGGUCCAGAUGAUGGUGAGGGCAGCUUUGAUGAUGAUUUUGACAAGAUUGGCAAUUCUGAUGUUGAAGAUGAGAAGCAUGUGAAGAAAACAUCUUCUGCAACAGUUUAGUAUGUGCAAUUACUUGUGUUUGAGACUCUAGUGAAAAUGAAGUUUGCUGCUUGAAACUAACUGAGAUAUCACUGAAUGGUAAAAAGAUAAAAGGUUGCAGCAGGUCUGGAGUUCAAGAAUGAUGGCUGUGACAAUGUGUAGAUUUGGUGAGCUGGUUAGGAAAACUCAAGUUAUUCGUUAUUGUUUAUUUGUUCAUCGUAGUGCCCUAUAUAGUGGCGCAUAUCGUUAGAUAAACAAGUUGGCGAUGUACAGUUUACCUUAUUUGUUGAUGUGUUAUCAGUUACCAAAUUCUUACAUAUGAAGUUUUAACUAGUGAAUAGCGCGAGCAUAAAAACUCGGCCUUUGUUGCAAGAA